AUGGACUCAUCGACCAGCGCGAUAAUGGUCGACGCCGACCCGCGACUGGCACGCAAGAGGGUCACCAGGGCGUGCGAUUCUUGUCGGAGGAGAAAGGCGAGAUGCGACGGCUCGACCCAUUGCUCAGCCUGCAGGUCUAUUGGCUUGUCAUGCUCAUAUGGACAUUCUACAGCCAAGCAAGCCCGUGGCCCAGGCUACGUGGCUCACCUGGAGAGGACAGUUGAGGAGCUUCAACUCCAGAGUAGAAGAAUUCCCGCAACCCACAUACCGAGCAGCAAGCACAGUUCCGCGAGUGGGUCCUCUGCUUCUCCAGCAUGGCCAACUUCGGACGAGGGCAUUGCCGCAAUCUCUGAUGAGCGUUCGUUAUCGAACUCGCAAGACACCCCUUCUUCGGAGAGCCAGCAGCCAGAGCCUGCAACCUUUUAUGUCGAGAUAAUAGCUCGUGAGCCACGCGCGAAAUCCUUUGGAAUCGAUGUUCUACGGCAGUUGUGUAUCUUUUGUUACGAUCUCCCGCGACCUGGUGGGUCUCAUCGCCAGGACUCCGCGAUGAAGCUCGUACAGGCUUUGGAUGCUCCAUUUCCGCUCGAUGAUUACCCGGUUGGCAGUUCUGGCAUGCCACCCCUACCAGCAGCUGAGGUCAUGUUCAUGUGGAUUGAGUUGGCUUUCUCCGAGGCGCUUCCCCUUUGGCACUUCAUUGACAAAGAACAUGUCCAAAGUAUACUUCCACGUAUGUGGAAUCCCGGGUUCGGCCACGAAGAGGGCGACAAAGACGAUCUUGGGCUGCUCUAUGCUGUAUUAGCGCUAGGGCAGCGAUUCGAAAUUAGCAAUAAUGAGCCCAACGAACGCCGGCUUCAAGGGCUCAAAUUCUUMGCAGCAGCACGAGAUGCAGUGCCGCUCGCCAGUUGCGAGAGGAGUGUUCCCGCACUUCAAACGGUGCUAUGUAUGGCGCUCUAUCUCACUGCCACCUCGUCUCAGACCAGGUAUCACGCGUAUGUAUCCUCAGCAGCCAGUGCGGCACUCCGAAUGGGCUUGCACGAGCAAAUUUUGGGCUUCCCAGAGGAAGAACAAGCGCUGCGGCGAAGGGUCUGGUUCGCUGUCCAGGCGAUGGACGUUAAUUCAUCGAGUGCACUUGGUCUCCCCAGCAUUGUGUCGGGUGCAGAGCCGCAGAGUGAAAGCUUCGGAUCCAUUUCCCCCGGCAUCGACGAGAUGACGCUGGCGACCGCGGCACAUCACCAGCUCACUGGCGUACUGAGCAAUUGUAUCGACCGUGUCUAUCGCAAUCGUGAGUCCAAAGCAGCCUCUACCACGCAGUCACGCCUAGUUUCCACAAGGUCGCUGCGUGAGUCCAGCGAGGAGUUGAGUACCUGGGGUCACAAUUGUGCUUUUAUCGCACAACAGCUGGACGUGGACGUGCUGGCUUUGUCCGUUGAAGAUGUAGGCCGAACGCCUAUGCCGCAACUUUCUGCGUGCACCAGGACGCAGCUGCUGCUCUACUAUGCCCAUUGCCAUGCCCAACUGCUGUUGUACACACCAUUAGUACAUCACCUUGUCAAUCCGAACACCGAGCGGACCUCCGAGGCCUAUCUUUUUGGGAUUCGGUGUUUCAGGUCAGCGCUCUGGGCUGUCCAUGUCGCUGAAGAACUCCAGCGUCGCUAUCAGCUAAUUGAGGCCUAUUUCCAGACGGUCGAUGUUCUGGUUAACACCCUCCUGGUUCUGCUCACAGUCGAACUCGGGAGCUCGGAUGCCGUGUUGUUGCGGGAGGCUAUUCCAGCAGGGCGCCGCGCCAAAGACGUACUGCUGAAUCUUUGUCCUCUCAGCCUGAAGGCGUCUGAGUGCUGGGAAGCACUUGCGCCUCUGUACCAGAAAGGGAAGAGCGAGCCUCCCAAAAGCCAGAAUGUGCGCAAGAAUGUCGCCAAUAUUCGAGACAGCUUCAAGAGCAGUUACAAUACGCACUAUGCGGGUAAUUCCAGUAUAGAUCCACUAAUCCUGUGGACCAACGAGCACAUGGACAGCUGA